AAUUUUUUUUCCUCCCUUUGUAAACCUAACUAGCAUCUUUCUUGAUAGCAUUUCACAGCCUUAUAUAUAUUUAUAGCCCUGGUAUUGAUGUUUGCAUCCCAAUAACGAAGAAGAAGAGUGACAUAUUCCCACCACUGAGAGGUCAUUGAAGGAAACAGACCAAACAGCAUCAUGUCUGCAGACCUGGACCUGUCCCCUCCAGAGGUCCCUGAGCCUACAUUUCUAGAGAGCCUACUGCGCUACGGGUUGUUUCUGGGUGCCAUCUUCCAGCUCAUCUGCAUCCUGGCUGUCAUCUUCCCCACAUCCAAGGGGCAUGAACAGGAGGAGACUGAGUCCACUGAUGGCAAGGCGUCUGAACAGAUGAAGAAACCUAAAGGACCAGCAACUCAGAUUCGACAGAAGCCAAAGAAAGAGAGCAAAAAGAAGCGAUAGACAGGUGUGUGUGUGUGUGUGUGUGUGUGUGUGUGUGUGUGUGUGUGUGUGUGUGUGUGUGUGUGUGUGUGUGUGUGUGUGUGAGAAUCAACAUCUGCAGAUACCCAUACAGUUAUCACUACAGGUAUAUGAAACACUAAUGUCAUAUUACAAUAAAAAUGUAUGUGCACUUAAUUUGAGACACUUCAGAAUUAAACAUGAACUGUGUCCUAUUCGCAAUCAACACAGUAUUACAAGAAGCAAAUUGCCAUGGUGUUGGUGCGGUGCUGACUGCCACAUAUUUUAUUGGGUAUAUGUUUUGCAUUUCUUUUCUUUUAUAAUUGAGUAUCAUUGAUUGAAUUGUAUUUGGAUGCAACAGGCAAUUAAAUGCAUUUUGCAGUCAUUCACCCUAGUUGUUUUUAUUCAUUGGCAAAUUUCAGUUUGGUUUAAUGAGUCAGAAUGACUUCCUUGCUAAAGCUAUUUUUGUUUAUAUUUACACAAUAUUCAGACACUGCGGUUGCAGAAUUCAAGAUGUAAGGAAAAAUUUAAAAUAUAAGGUGACUAGGUCAUAGUUCCAUAUCAUGCUUAUGUUGUAUGUAUGUAUGUUAACAAUUUAUUUAUUUUAUUUUGGCCAACAUGUAUCAGGACUUUCAAAUGGUAAUACAGGCCUCAAAAAGCCAUAUUUCAAAUCUAGCUCUUGUAUGGGGAUAAUACAUGGAAGUGUCACAAUCAACACUGAAAAAAGAACAAAAAAAUGUGUUAAAGGGAUUUAGGGAAAACUAAUAGUUUUGUUAAUAAAUGAUGAUAAAUUCACAUUAGAGCUGCAACAAUUAUUCAAUCCACAAAAAAACUAAUCAACAAUUUUGUUAACCAAUUUUCUCAUAUUCUGAUCAAUUUAUUUCAGCUUCUCCAUUGUGAGGAUUUGCUGCUUUCUCUUAU